AUACACAAUGGCUCAAAAACUAACCGAAGACGAAAUUAAGGCAUUAAAACCCCAAUCAUGGGAAUUAGUUCCAGAAGGUGACGCCAUAAAAAGAUCUUUUAAAUUUAAAGAUUUUAAUGAAGCCUUUGGGUUUAUGACUAGAAUUGCUUUGAGAGCCGAUAAA